AAAACCAUCUCUCUACUUCCUUCACUCGUCUAAAUCUUCUCUUCUUAUUAUCUUUUAUUUUCCAAGAAAAGAAAAGAAAAUAAGAGAAAAUGUCUCUUACCAUACCUACUAAUCUCUCAAAACCCAUGUUGAAGCCAAAACUUGGCUCUUCAUUAAAUCCAGCAAAAUCAUCAAGAUCCUUGAUCGUUUGCUCGGCUUCACAAAACUCAUCAACCCAAGAAAAAGACUCUUCUAAAUCACCACUUCAAGCUUUCUCCGCCGCAUUAGCCCUCUCUUCCAUCCUCUUAUCAGCUCCACUUCCGGCCGUGGCUGACAUCUCCGGCCUAACACCAUGCAAAGAAUCCAAACAGUUUGCUAAACGCGAAAAGCAGCAAAUUAAGAAGCUGGAAUCCUCGUUGAAGCUCUACGCUCCUGAUAGUGCACCUGCUUUAGCUAUCCAAGCGACAAUAGAGAAGACAAAACGACGGUUUGAUAACUAUGGGAAACAAGGAUUGCUUUGUGGGUCAGAUGGGCUUCCUCAUUUGAUUGUGAGCGGUGACCAAAGGCACUGGGGUGAGUUUAUCACUCCAGGGAUUUUGUUCUUGUAUAUUGCAGGUUGGAUUGGGUGGGUUGGUAGGAGUUAUUUGAUUGCUAUCAGUGAUGAGAAGAAGCCUGCAAUGAAGGAGAUUAUAAUUGAUGUUCCUUUAGCUACAAGAUUGAUUUUCAGAGGAUUUUCAUGGCCUGUUGCUGCCUACAGAGAGUUGCUCAAUGGUGAACUUGUUGUCAAGGAUGUUUGAUUUUUCCCUCAACAUCAUAUAUAAUUUAUAUCCUCAGAUCUCAGCGGAGGGAGUGAUUUUGACUGUGUGGAAAUAAUUUUCUCCGACAAUUCUUGUAUUUUGCAGAGAGAUAUGAAGCCAGAGGGUUGCAGUGCUUCAUUUGGGAAAUGUAAGGAGGGAUUUCUUGUAUUGUUAUUUGUGACCAUUUACUUGUAUGUAUCUAAUGCUUGGUGUUGAAGAUUUAGUAACUGUUUAGCCUUACUUUUUUCUUCCCCAAUAUUCAAUAAAUUAAAUUUUCUUUAAAGUUAA